UACAGGGGAGGGAAGAGGCAGGGAGGAGAAAAUUAAAAGCCAAAGGAUUCUGAAAUACACAAGCAGCAGUAGAGGAUUGAAACAUCUUCUGAGCUGUGAUUGGAACCUGUGAAGACCAUUAACAUGGGCAGCUAUCCAGUCCACAUGCUGCUUUGCUGCUGUUUCUUUGUCGUAGUUGCUGUCUGGGCACAACAAACUGAAAUACCGGAAUUGGAGGACCCUGCCUUUCCACCAUCCGACUGCAGAGAGGAAACAUACCCCUGCACCAGGAUGUACUCUGUUCAUCGACCUACAAAGAGAUGCAUCCAUUCACUCUGUCUGUACAGCCUACCAAGAGUCUAUGUGAUCAACAAGGAGAUCUGUGUGAGGACUGUGUGUCAACAAGAUGAGCUUCUGAUGGCUGAACUUUGUAGAGAGAAAGCUGGGUGGCCGAAACGUCAAACAAGGUCAACUAAAAGACGCUGUCACCAUGGCAACGCAAGAACAUGGGCAAACAAGGGUUAAUGUGUGAUGGAUGACAAAGGCGUGGGAGACUGAAAGAAGAAGCAAGUUCAAACAAAUACAGCUAUAAAUCUGAAUUACAGAUCACAAACUGUGCACUUGUUCUGUUCCAUAACCAUAAUACCCAAUUUAUGUCACUUUGUCAUUUUAUGCUUUUGUUGGAUGAAUGUAUACAUGUUUUAAAUCAGACAAGGGAUUAUACUGCAUAUUGGUGCUGAUAGAAACCCAAUAUAUAACCGCUAUGUUCUUUAUAUUCCUUCAGUAUACAUACCAGGCACUUUAAGUAAACAUUAAAUGCACAAAAAUGAAUACUUUUUAUAUGAUUUCAUUUUGACUAUCAGUCUUUAACAAAUGUUAUUAAAGGAUAUUUUUCUUCUAA